AUGUGUUUAGUGACGGCGUUCAUGGCGGCUGAGAUUUCAAUAGGUGCCAAAAUUCGCACCGUUAAGAUCGACUCUGAAAGAUCAUUCCAUCAAGAGUGCUUAGACGAUGACUGUCCAGAAUUACUAAACCUAAGUGGUGGGAUCGUAGUGGUACGAUAUACACCUAGUCCACCCUUACAAUACUGCGACAUUGAUCUCAUGUUGACUUCAAAUGCGGUACCACAUCGCCUCGAGUAA